AGAAAGAAAGAGAGAGAUGAGUCAGUCAGACGGACCUACAAUAGGGUAGUUAUGGCACCUGCACUGCUCCCAUUGAAGUGGGAAAGAUAGCGGAACACAGGCUGCAGGAUUGUCCAGGUAAACCAAAGAUGGUCCUGAUGAGAGUGAUGCUGUCGGUGUCCCUCUGCCUGCUGCUGACGUCCGUUGGCUCGGGCUGCGGACCGGGCAAGGGAUACGGGAAGCGGAGGCACCCCAAGAAGCUGACACCGCUGGCGCUGAAACAGUUCAUCCCCAACGUGGCGGAGAAAACCCUGGGGGCCAGCGGCAAGUACGAAGGCAAGAUCACGCGCAACUCGGACAGGUUCAGGGACCUGACUCCCAGUUACAACCCCGAUAUUAUUUUUAAGGAUGAGGAAAACACCAACGCAGACCGACUCAUGACACAAAGGUGUAAGGACAAACUGAACUCUUUGGCUAUUUCAGUCAUGAAUCAGUGGCCCGGGGUUAAACUUCGAGUCACAGAGGGCUGGGAUGAGGAUGGCCAUCAUUCUGAGGAGUCCCUGCACUAUGAGGGCAGAGCGGUGGACAUCACCACCUCAGACCGGGACAAGAGCAAGUACGGCAUGCUGUCCAGGCUGGCUGUGGAGGCGGGCUUCGACUGGGUAUACUAUGAGUCCAAAGCCCACAUCCACUGCUCUGUGAAAGCAGAAAACUCUGUGGCAGUUAAGUCUGGAGGUUGCUUCCCUGGUUCGUCCAUCGUGAUCCUGUCAGAUGGAAGGACUAAACCAUUGAAGGAGCUCCAGGUGGGGGACAAGGUGCUGGCCGCUGACCAACAAGGAAAUCUUGUUCCUAGUGACUUUCUAAUGUUUAUGGACCAGGACCAGCAGAUUAUGAGAGAGUUCCACGUCCUGGAGACUGAAGAGCCACGCUGCAGACUGACACUGACUGCAGCUCACCUAGUCUUUGUUAUGAGCAACAACAACAGCACCAACAGCAGCGACAUUAGGGCCGUGUUCUCCAGUAAUGUAAAAAUAGGACAGUGGCUUCUUGUUGUUGGGAAUGACCGUCCGGACCACCUCAUCCCUGCAAGAGUGACAAGAAUUCGUGUGGAGAAAUAUCGAGGGUCUUAUGCACCCGUAACAUCUCACGGAACCAUCAUAGUUGACUGGGUUUUGGCAUCUUGCUAUGCGGUCGUUGAGGAUCAUGACCUUGCACACUGGGUUUUUGUGCCAGUCCGACUGUGGCGCUCGUUCCUGUCCCUGGUCGGGAUGGUGAAAGAGCUCAGCAGUGUGUACCAAACGGAGGGCGUCCACUGGUACCCAGAGCUUCUCUACCAUGUGGGAAGUUGGGUUCUGGACAGCAGCUCUUUUCACCCACAAACAGCUCUUUAAAUUGACACCCGCCAACCUGCCAAAUGCGGGUAGAAAUUAACUUUGGCAGGUAACAUUGUAAAGUUACUAGGCAAUUUGGCUGGUGAUGAAUGAGGCAAAGCGUCUGUUUGAUUCAGCAGGCUGCAGAAACGAUGCGACAAGUCAGUGUUGCCAGAUUGGUCUGUUCUCCGCCAAGAAAUUUGGGCGGUUUUGUGUGUCUUUGCCUUGGAAACGUAAUCUUUAUCUUGCAACACUGCUUGUUGAACUAAUCCUACAUUUCCCAUAAACAACCGUUGGAUACGUGCCUAACAUGUGCGGUAUCGAUUACGAGCUACGCUGAAACGGAGAAGACGAAUGGAAUGGCGCGAAACAAACCAGAGGAGCUGAAAUCAAGUAGUAAAGUUAUUUAGGAAAAAAAACAAAAACGUGGAGAUAUUUUUUUGGGGGAGUUAAGAAACCAGAAGAGCAAAAGAGGACGGCUGCAGACACAGGGGUCAAUAAGGAUGAAAGAGUAGGGAAAGAGAAGAAUACGAGGACUUUUGAAUUCUAAAUGGCUGUCAGGUUGUAAGUGGCUCAUAUAUAUAUUGAAAAAUUUGGCUCGUGGAAAAUCUGAUUGGCUGGUAACUUUAAAAAUCUACUAGCCAUGUUGGCUGGUGACCAAAAAAGUUAAUUCCAUGCCCUGCCCACAAAGCUGAGAUAUAGAUGUGUGUAGCUUUACAAGACUGUACAGUAACAUCGAGAGAGUAAAAAACCCUUUCCAAAGUACAGACUAUACAU